UGUGUAGAAAUUUGAAAUGACGUGUUUCUUCUUUCAUUAGUGAUUAAAUUUUCCCCUUUCAAGUUUCAAUAAUAAAUUUCGAAUUAAAAAUUUCUCGAAUAAUAUCAGCAUCACUCGACGAACUAAUCGCAAGAAUCCGGAAUCGCUGAAUCAAUCAAAUACUCCAGACUUCCGCCAUAGUCGAGGUAAAUCAGACGUAUUAUCUCGCCAAUCGUAUUGACUCGGACUGAAAUUCGUUCUCUGUUUUGAUGGUGUAUUCGAAAAUUACCAACAGUUGGUACUCGGGUGGAUGUAUGAAGGUUACCACGAAUCACAUAACCAUUAGCUCUCAAGUAGUGAGCCAAUGACAGCACGUCGUAGGCGAGUGCCAUCCGAAUCAAAUUCCGUACCCCUUAUAGUAAAUAUACAGGGAUACUCGCAGAAUCCACAUUCGUCACAUUCGAGUUAUUACCAAGAUGACAAGGCUUUGCUGAAUCAGACGUUCGAUAAAGUAGAAAAAGAAAUCAUGCCUAGGGAUCGAACAGACGAAUUCGGUAGCGCUGUGCGCUCUCUACAAGGCCGCCAGAUUAUGCGUGCCACAUCGGUACGAGAUGUAAAAAAAGUAAAAAUAUUACAAAAUUACGGUGAAUUCAUUACGGUGGCUAAAAGCAUAGGCAAUAAUAUCGCUCGCACGUAUACUAAACUAGAAAAGCUCACGUUACUGGUCAAAAAUAAACCUUUAUUUAACGACAAACCGACUGAAAUCCAAGAACUGUCAUAUAUAAUCAAAGAAGAUCUGAAAGGUAUCAACGAACAGCUUGCCAGAUUACAGGGUAUAUCGAAAAAACAAAACGUAUCGCAUCAGAAAAAUGGUCACAAACAUCUAUUAUCGCAUUCCAACAGCGUUGUCAUAUCGUUACAAUCCAAAUUAGCCAAUAUGUCGAAUGAAUUCAAACAAGUUUUAGAUACCAGGACUCAGAAUUUAAAACAAGCUAAAGAUCGACGAGAUCAGUUCUCCGAUGGUAUUGCUUCUCCGCCUCAUCAAUCCUCGUCCGUUAUACCAUUUCGACCUGAUAAACAACCAUUACUAUUGAGUACCGGUGAAGUAUCCAUGAUGGAUGAUUCGCAUGCUUCGACUUCGGCGGGACCAUUAAUGCAGAUGGGUGCUCAAAGUUACAUGAAGUAUAAGGAUGAAACUGACCAAUACCUAGUGAGUAGAGCAGAUACGAUGCAAAAUAUAGAAUCAACUAUAGUCGAACUCGGUGGCAUAUUCCAACAACUAGCUCAUAUGGUUAAAGAACAAGAUGAAAUGGUUGAAAGAAUCGACACUAAUAUCAUGGAAGCCGAAUUAAACGUCGAAGCAGCACAUCACCAGAUUUUAAAAUAUUUCCAAUCAGUUACAUCGAAUCGAUGGCUAAUGAUUAAGAUAUUCGCCGUUUUGAUGUUUUUCUUUACCUUUUUCGCCGUAUUUUUAGCGUAAUAUCGAUACCAGAUAUCUACGACACCAUCAGAAAAUUCGAAUAUGUUCCAGUUUUUACUAUUCUGUGAUUCAAUCUUUUCGUUAUCACUUGUUAAUUCUUUUUUUUUUUCAUUCGAAAUAAUAUGGCUAUAGGGGGGUGAAAUAAAGAUUUUGUUGUUUUUUUUUCAUAUUAUUAUUGUGUAUUUAAUAUCGAUAAUUAUAAUAUCUUUAAAUAUACGUAUUUUAUUUUCAA